UUCAUCAAAUGUUGAGAAUCUCAAGUUGAGGUUCAACAUUCAAAUGCUUGGAAUUAAUUUCUUGUUGUGAUGUCUCUUUGUUCAUUAAUUAGUUCAACAAUUAGUUUAAUAAUCAACACGAGAAAUACAAGAUGAGCCCUUGUAACUGGAUCAAUUUAAUAAAAGGUUUUAUGGAACAAUAAUUGACUGAUUUGUUCACAUUAAUUGUGUUCAAGAAGAGAUUCGGGAUUCAUCGUGGCGCUUGUAUUUUUUUCUCCUUUUAUUCUGGUUUUCCCUUUUCUUUUAAAUUCUACACAGUUUUGGAAAAGUUAAUCUUUCACUUCCAUUUGUUGCCAAAUUAAAUUGCCAGUUAACUAUGUCGAAAAGUGAUUCUUUGUUUGAUUUCAGUUAUAAACAAUUAUCAACUAGUAGCCAAUCUGUUGGAUUUUAUAGUAAAAUUAAAUCAUAUUUUACUCACUCUUCUGGCCGAUCAAAUAUAGUUUAUAUGAAGAUAUUUUCUGCUCUUUUCUAUGGCUGUUCAUCGUUCCUAAUCAUUGCCGUUAACAAAGUGGUCCUUACUUCUUAUCGAUUUCCGUCAGCAAAAUUUCUUGGCCUUGGUCAAAUGGUUGCGACUUUGUUAAUCCUUUCCUUUGGUAAAUCAAUGUCCAUCAUCAGUUAUCCAGAUUAUAGUUUAGAAAUACCUAGAAAAGUAUUUCCAUUGCCGCUAUUUUAUAUUGGUAACUUAAUUUGUGGCCUUGGAGGAACGCAAAGAUUAAGUUUACCAAUGUUCACGGUUUUACGUCGAUUCGCCAUAUUAAUGACAUUAAUUGGUGAAUAUUUGGUUCUCAAUAUUAAAUCAAGUACCUCAAUAAUAAUGACAGUUGUUGCAAUGGUUGGAGGAGCUUUAAUUGCUGCUAGCAACGAUCUCUCCUUUGAUGCCCAAGGCUAUAUUCUGGUUCUGAGUAAUGACCUUUUCACGGCCGCUAAUGGUGUUUACAUGAAAGAGAAACUGGAUGCCAAAGACCUGGGAAAAUAUGGACUCUUAUUUUAUAAUAGUCUUUUCAUGUUACCCCCAAUGAUAUUAAUUUCCUGGUCGACGGGGGAAUUGGCCCUUUCAUAUCAAUUUGAACAUUGGACUAAUUUACCUUUUUUAACUUCAUUCCUUUCAUCAUGUAUUAUGGGAUUUCUACUCAUGUAUUCAACUGUUUUAUGUACUUCAUACAAUUCGGCCUUAACUACUACAAUAGUUGGAUGUCUUAAGAAUAUUCUUGUCACUUACAUUGGAAUGUAUAUUGGUGGCGAUUACAUUUUUUCUUACGUUAAUUUUAUCGGAUUAAAUAUCAGUAUGAUCGGAAGUUUAGUCUAUUCUUAUCUGAUUUUCGUUAAAUCAGAAUCAAAGUUACCAAUCGCCAAUGGAUACAAGCCAAUUCCUAAAGAAGAAAAUACGAAUAGUAAUAACAACGUUAUCAAAAGUAAAGAAAAUUUAAUCAAUGAAUAAGAAAUCAUAUAACAAUAAAGUAAUUAAGUAAUACACAAA